UUGUCGAGUUGUAACGUUGCGCCGAAGAGAUCGCGACGUGAAACCCAUAAGGAUAUAUAUUUUUUUUUAGGCAUUUCGUUGCCACGUACGAUGAAUCCUGCAGUUUCCAGCACUUCCGUGUUUCCUACUCUCCCUCUUUCGUCCGUUUAUCCUUCCCAGAUCUAUUUAUCGCAGCUUCUUUCGUCGUCUCUUCCCGCGACAUACACGCCGACGAUUCCCGCCUCUCUUCUGUUUCCGCCAUGCAGGCUGGGCGUCGCUGGACAAGAAUCGGAAGUGCACCAAAAACCCCCGUUCUCCUACAUCGCCCUCAUCGCCAUGGCCAUCAGGAACUGUCCGGAGCAGAAGAUCACCCUCGCAGGCAUCUAUAGGUUCAUAAUGGACCGAUUCCCUUACUACAGACACAACAGACAAGGUUGGCAGAACAGCAUUCGCCACAACCUAAGCUUGAAUGACUGCUUCAUUAAGGUCCCGCGCGAGAAAGGUCGUCCGGGCAAGGGCAGUUACUGGGCCCUCGAUCCAGCUUGCUCGGACAUGUUCGAGAACGGCAACUACAGGAGGAGGAAGAGACGCCCAAGGCAGCCUCUUGCCCCGCCUCCGCCGAUGAAGGACGCCAGAGGACAAGGCAGAUCUUGCAAGCCGGGGCAGAAGAAGGAGGAGUUGGGUCCCUUGGACGUUCCCGAAGAAGAUCCUAGAGUAACGCCGAAUCCCGCCGCCUUCGUGGAGAGUGGCGGAAAGUUGGAGAGCAAGACGGGCAGAGACGACAGGGUUAUGAAAUUCGACUUCCCUCUGGCCAUUCCCUUCGGUCACGAUAGAGGAUCUUCGGCCGAGGAUCUAGGGCAAUACGAAUCCCUGAAGACCUACUUGAAGCCGACCUCCAUCACCCAAGAGAUUGUGGAAGAACCGUGGAGGGUUUCCGCCAUAACUUCGCCAAGAAAUGACUCGGAAGACCCCAAAAGACCGACCAUGCUUCCUAAUCUCCAUUGCCUGAAGGAAGGCUUCCAAACACCGACUCAAGGGAGCAGAGUCAGAGAGCCAGAGACGAAAGGGGAGUCGUUUCAGAGCCGAUGGUCUCCCUUACACCAGAUGAUGUCAAGGGCACAUCACGACUGCUUCCAAGCAACCCAAAACCCCUUACCUUCCUUCAGUUCGAGCAGCAGAACGGCCAGACAGAGGAUCCACAACCACCAGAGUAUAUUCCCGAGCGUCCAGGCUUUCAAAGGCACGACUGGAACGUGGCUUGAAAACGUCGAUCUACUGGAAAAUAACACUCUUGUCAAACGUGAAUAUCCCGAACUGUUUUCAUUGUCGAAAGGCUUUACAAACCACGAUCUCCAAGGCGCUAGCAAGAAAGGAAGAAGCUUCUUGAUAGAAAACCUGAUCAACUAGUCACAACAUAACUAAUAUAUCAGGAAUAUAAUAAAGCUCUUAUCCAUUUAAAAGGGUAGAUGUAUGCCAGUUCGCGAAUUCCAGAAUGUGAGUAGAGUAAAGUAGUCAAUUUAUAUAUAUCUAUAACCCAAAGAAAACAGAAUACAAUAUUUUAUCACAUUUUAAGAUUAUUAUAAUAGAUAUAAAAAAAAAUAUCGUAAAUCGGUGCUCCCUUACACCGUCAAAAUAUUUACCUAUAUGUAUGCAAUAUACAUAUUCAUAUAUAUAUACAUA